AUGGUACUCAAGCUCUACGGUUGGUCCAAGUCGACGUGCACCCAGCGAGUCGCCACCACGCUGCAUGAGAAGAAGGUCCCCUUUGAGUUUGUUAUGGUCGACCUCUUCAAGGGCGAGUCCAAGACGCCCGAAUACCUCAUGAAGCAACCUUUUGGCCAGGUGCCGUACUUGGACGAUGACGGUUUUAUUCUCUACGAGUCCCGCGCCAUCGCUCGUUACAUCGCCGAGAAGUACGCCAACCAGGGCACCAACCUCAUCCCGAUGAAGGACCUCCAGUCUCGUGCUCUGUUUGAGCAAGCCGCCUCCAUCGAGACGGCUGACUUUGACCAGUUUGCCGGCAAGGCGGUUUUUGAGAUGGUCUUCAAGCCGAUGAUGGGUGGCAAGUCAGACCAGAAGGUCUUCGACGACCUCAUUGCUACCCUCUCGAGCAAGCUGGAUGUGUACGAUAAGAUCCUCGCAAAGCAAAAGUAUCUCGCUGGCAACGAAAUCACCCUUGCGGAUCUCUUCCAUCUUCCUUAUGGCGUGUUGCUCUCGACAGCUGGAAGUGAGAUUAUGCAAUCCAAGCCCAACGUGGCAAGGUGGUUCAACGAGAUGCAAGCUCGUCCUUCUUGGAAGGCUGUCAAGGAUGGCGUUAGUAGCACCGCCUGACUAGCAGAGGUUCAAGCGAGGCUUUAGUCACUGGCGAAGCCUUGCCUUACUUUGUAGUCCUGUACAUUGCAGCUCGUUAUUGAUAGUUUACGAUAAGUAUUG